AUGGAGGCUCCGUAUAUGCCAGAGUAUUCUCUAGAAUUGCAGCAGUUUGUGGAGGAGGUUUAUGUGGAGAAUUUGGAGGACUGUUAUCAAAAGUUGAGGCUUGAGAAGCUUAUAGAUUUGCUAGAACAUGGGGCGUAUCUCCUUGAAUCUUACAGGGAGUUGUUGGGGCGGGGGCAAGUGGAGGCUGGCAUAACGGCGUAUGUUGUGGGAGCAUUUUAUUUGUAUUUGAUUAUUCCGCAGUCGAUUGAGUUUCAUACGAGGAAUCUUUCGUAUUCGAUAUAUGUGGAUUUAAAGCGGCAUUAUGAGAGUGAUCCAAAUAUGAUGAAUGUUAUGUUGCUUGUGGCGGCAAAGGUGGGUUCUGUGAUGCAGCUCUAUCUAUCUGGGGAAGGGGAUGAAAAGUAUGGUGCUCGGUUUACUGGCAGAAAGAGGGCAUAUUCGAUGCAAAGUUGUGAUUCGUCUAAACUUGCAGAUACGUUGGGGAAACUGUCUAUUGAGCGUUCCUCCACCAGGGGGACUACUGUGUUUGAAGGAAAGACGGAACAGGGUGCGUUUGGACAGCAGCAGCAAGAUGAUGAAUGGGAGGAUACUGUCUGGAGUGCUCCAAACCUGGAGCCGGAUGAUCAGCUAAAACUUGCUGUGUCGUAUUCCCACUCACCCUCGAUCCAUGAUACUUCAGAUUCUAAAACCAAGGAUUCAGGUCUUGAAAACAAUUCUGCUGCAGAAUUUUCUGUUUUAGAUGAAGAAUGGGUUUCUGAACGGCGAUCUGGUUUCAUGAGUCAGUCGUUACAGGUUGAUUCUUCAGACAACAAAAAUAAUGAUGAACUACCUUCGAUUGGGGACCACAAUGACGUCUUAGAUCGUUUUUACACACAUGGACAGGAUUUGCGUUAUCCCAUAUGUAAUGAUGGCGUUGUUCCAUGUGAGAAUAGUUCAAUUAUGUGGCUGUAUGAGAGUUCCUCUAUCAAAUGUUUGGACUUACUUUCUAAGCUGACAUCUAGUGAACGCAGUUCUAUGCUUUUAAUUGACCUAAGGUUACCUAAGAGGUAUGAGUACUCUCAUAUUUUAGCUGAAAAUGUGAUUAAUAUAGAUCCCGAGUUACUGUGGGAUGAUGAAAAGGGUGCACCUGUUUCUUCAGUAAAGGAGUUAGAGUUAGUUAUCGAUAACCACUUAUUCCGCAGCAGACGGCAGUUUGCUACCAUUGUAUGUUACACGGAUAAUUAUACCUACAUGCAAAUCGAUUUCGACUUCGUAUUUUUAUUAUUCAGAUUACUAUACCUUGGAAGACCCCAAUUGGUUUUAAAAACCCUUUCAGGUGGAUACGAACAGUGGAAGUCUUUCUUGAAGGAAUUGAAAAGAACUGAGUCAAUUAUAUUGAGUGAUUUUUUGUGGAAACGCCCUCAUAAAAACGAGCAUAGUAAUGAUAUAGUCAUCGCAUCUGGGGAACCCUCUGAUUCAAAUAAUUCUAAGUCCUUCCCGCCGUCUCUGGUUGAAAAUUCGAUACCAGCUUUUCAAUCUGAUCACAAACCCAUAGCACAACAAUCUUCCGUUGGAAUUGAACCAAUUCACCGGUUUUCUUCUGUAUCAACAUACAGCAAGCCAGUCGUGCCUCCUCCAAUACCAGUCACUAGGCCUUUACUUAACCCGGCGACGAACCCAUUGUCCCAGUAUUGCAGUCAGAUGUUGGUUAAUGCUGUGAAGCCACCUAGCACUAAUGAGAACUCUGUCUCACAAUCACAUCUUUCAACUACUCCGGAUGCCAAGUCUGUCUCACAAUCAAAUCUUUCAACUACUCCGGAUGCCAAGUCUGUUUCCCAAUCAAAUCUUUCAACUACUCCGGAUGCCAAGUCUGUCUCACAAUCAAAUCUUUCAACUACUCCGGAUGCCAAGUCUGUCUCACAAUCAAAUCUUUCAACUACUCCGGAUGCCAAGUCUGUCUCACAAUCAAAUCUUUCAACUACUCCGGAUGCCAAGUCUGUCUCACAAUCAAAUCUUUCAACUACUCCGGAUGCCAAGUCUGUCUCACAAUCAAAUCUUUCAACUACUCCGGAUGCCAAGUCUGUCUCACAAUCAAAUCUUUCAACUACUCCGGAUGCCAAGUCUGUCUCACAAUCAAAUCUUUCAACUACUCCGGAUGCCAAGUCUGUCUCACAAUCACAUCUUUCAUCUACUCCAGAUGCCAAGUCUGUUUCCCAAUCAAAUCUUUCAGCUACUCCGGAAUCAAAUCUUUCAGCUACUCCGGAUGCCAACUCUGCCUCACAAUCAAAUCUUUCAAAUACUCCGGAUGCCAAGUCCGUGUCACACGUAUCUAUUACCACAACAACCGUGCCUAUGGUGUUACCUCCUAUACCAGUUACGAGGCCUUUGAUACCGCCGCCAUUCGAGAAUAACAGAGCCGAUUCAUCUUUAUCAUCCACCCGUGAAACCAAUGAGACUGUACCAUUACCAUUGCAAACCGUUAGAAAUAGUGGAUCCAUUCCAUUUUACCCUGUUGUUCAAGACAACAAGCCUACUCUAUCCGCUAUUUUCAGCGAUGAAAAAUUAACAUCACAAUCUAUUGUUAAUCAUGAUGAUGAUGACGGGACUAGCUCAAAGUCUGUAUCUAGUUCACAUAAAGGUAUCAUGCCAGUAAAAACUGUUGAACAUGAUUGUGAUACUUCACCACUGCCUAACUUACUUCCAAAAAUUCCAAAAAUUGUAUCAUCUGUCGAAAAUAUCAACUCUGGUUUAUCUCAAUUUGUUUCUGCUUCGUCUUCCAGGCCUGUUUCAUCACACAAUAUAAAAUACAGCAAGUUUAAUAUGUCGCAGCCGCCUAUUCCUAUUACUAAACCACUUUUGACGCCAUCAAACACUGUUUCAACAUUCCACGUCCCGCUUGCACCAUCUUCUAUACCAAUUAGGGCAACAACGAUAACGGCCUCACAAUCCUCCCAUCCUAAUUAUAUGGCAUCUCAAAAGCGGAUGGAACUCUUCGAAUCAGGAUCUGUAAGAUCUGUUACUACCUCGAAAUAUCCACUACCACUGGUAAACCCAAUUCACGAUCCUGCACAAGUUGCGUCAACACAGAGAACGGAAAUUUAUGAUAAUAUUUGGCGAGCACUUGAUAGGAGAAGCGAGAGGAGAAAUCAUCGAAGCAAUGCAUAUGCUUCAGCAUAUCGAAAAAAUUCAUCAAUUUCCCAUAAAGGGGCUGACAGAAGCCCCGAGGAGACUAAUAAUAUCAAAGUGGAUGGCCAUAAACUAAUACGGAAUCCUAUCCCUCAUUUUAGUAUCCCAACAAUUGAGAAUAGUUAUAACGAGUAUGUUGCGUUAUCAAUAACUGGAUUAAGGAAUAUGUCUAAUACGUGUUAUAUUAAUAGUAUGCUUCAAUGUUUAUUUUCCACAAGUGCAUUUCGGAACUUGUUUCUCUCAAAUAAAUAUGCCCACUACUUGAAAUCACCAGAAAUGGAUACAAUGUCACGUUCUUUUUAUAUGCUAUUUCGAAAGAUGUACAUGAAUGGUGGUUGUUCUGUUGUGCCCAGUGGGUUUUUAAAAAUGUGUAAUACAUUAAAACCUGACUUAAGAAUACCGUAUGGCCAACAGGACACUCAGGAGUUUUUAUUAUUUCUAUUAGACAAACUACAUGAUGAGUUAUCUUCAAUUGAAUCUGUGAGUAAUGAUUAUUCACACCUAUUGCUGCAUGAUAAUGUAAGAUUAUAUGUUGAUGACGCUCAAUAUAAUAAGUGGUUUGAUCAAAAUAUCGACCAGAAUGGGCUGUCGCCUAUAGAUGAUCUUUUUCAAGGUCAAAUGGAAAACCAACUAUCGUGUCAGAGAUGCGGUUAUUCUUCCUACACAUAUUCAACAUUCUACGUUCUAUCACUUGCACUACCUAACCCCGUCGCUAAAGCAUUUGGUAAGACUAAGAAGCUCAGAUUAGAGGAUUGUAUUAAUUUUUUUACUUGUGAUGAGGUUCUUAGCGACCAAAAUGCAUGGGAUUGUCCUAGAUGCUGCAGCCCAUCUGAUUAUAUGAGUUAUGAUCAUAAAGGAAAAAGAAAGAUAUCUACUAGCUUCGAAAGUUUAAAUGGUGGUAAUUCUAGUCGUUCCAAGUUGUUUAAAUUUGGCUAUAAGAUGCGCUCAAGAUCGGAAGCUCCUAAGUUUUCAUCAAAACUUUCGGAUAAAGUCAGCAAUGGAAAGCCAGCUACUGUGAAAUCUUUAAAUUUUAUCACCAUGCCUCGGAUAUUGGUUAUCCACUUGUCGCGUUUUAUUUAUGAUCUGACCAAGAAAAACAACAUUGUGGUGAGUUAUCCGCUCAUUCUUAAUAUUGUUCUAAAGAAUAGCGAGGUUGCAAAAUUUCGACUAUACAGCAUUGUGAAUCAUUUUGGCACAUUAAUAAGUGGGCAUUAUACGUCACUUGUGAAUAAGGAAUUAAAUCAUGAAAUUUCACACGGCAAACAGAAAUGGUACUAUUUUGACGAUGAGAUUGUUAAGUUUGACACCAACCAUGGUGAUUACGACAAUGGCAUAGCUUCUGUGUCAAGCAGCAACGUUUACGUGUUAUUUUAUGAACGAAUUUUUGAUUGA